UGUGUUCGUGUGCCCGCAUGAUAGGCAUAAUUUACUCCGCACUUAGGCCAAAUGAUAGAGAGCCGUUAUAUGAUUGAGUUGAAUCCCGCACGGUACUGUGUUACAUGUAUGCAGGUUGGCCAUGGAAAUGUGAGAUGUGAGAUAUGAGAUAAUGCGGCCUACCGAUUCGAAAGCCACGUUAUCGGCUUGAGACAGAGAGACUCGAAACGGAGAGACUCAAAAACCGAGGGACAUCUAGUCUCAACUGUUUGCCUUAUGUUGCUUUACUUCAUUUUUAUAGAAGUAAUGCUCUUGCUUUCUCCUAGAGCUUCGCCAAUAUUCUACUAAGGUAACAUUGCUCAUUAUCGACGACAACGCGAUGUCAUACCAAGCAGCUGCUAGCGGACCAUCACCAAAUCAAGAUCAGGACACUAACUUCCGAUCUCGAGCGCUUAAUAAGUUUUUCUAUAGAAUACUUGAAGGGAAAGGGAAAGUCACUGGGGUUAGAGAUGCACAAAAGUUUCUCGAGUCCAUUGUGAACAGAACUGACAGGCCAGACUGCAUCGAGAGGUUGGCUUCGUCCAAAAGUGGUCAAGAAGCCCUCCACAAGUCAUUGACCAUAGAUACCUCCGCCCAAUUCAUUAACAGUCAUGUCUCGAAUCUCUUGAAAUUCCUCGCGGACCCUGCCCUGCAGAGGGUUUGCGAGGGAGAACUCCUCAAUCAAGUCCUUUGGGUUAUGGUUGACCCAUCGUUAUUCUGGGAUAGUUUAAUCCAGAAUGUAAAGUCCGAACAACUUGAGACUCAAGUCGUGGAGGGCUUCGCUUGGCUACUAUUGCAGUUGAUAUUAUUGCCACAGCUACAAUCGUCCAAGUUCCGAGAAACCGCACUGUCGCUCUGCCAGGACGACACUCUCAAGAAACUCGAGGAAUCGUCAUCUCCGAUAUCUGGAAGCAUAUUUCAGAAGAUCCGGGCAUUAGUCCAGCCUUCACAGUCUGUUGCGAAUUCUCAUCUGGUCAAUAAAUUUAGUCCAGGGGGUCGCCACGAUAACGACUUCGCUAAUUACCAUGAUAUAUCAAUCCUUCCUACUAGGGCCGAGAUGGAAUCUGCCGAGAUGCCCUUCUACAUGCAGGCUGGGGUAGCAUUUGAGGAAGGGAACGUAAAUCGUGCGCUUGACCACCUCGACAAUCAGUUCCGUCUCCUUAGAGAAGAUAUGCUCGCAGAUAUGCGCGAAGACCUCAAAAACAUGAGGAACAAAGCCAGGAGGCAAAAUUGGAGAAACAUGGUUAUAAAAGAUCUCUCGUUGGAGGAUAUACACAGAGACUCAAUGGCGAAUGACCGGCCAUGCAAUCUGGUGCUCAGAUGCUCGGGGGAUAUUUUACCGCACAUGAAUAAAGCGAGUAUCGAAGAUAGAAAAAAGGAGUUGAAGAAGACUCCAGCAUUCUUAAAGCACCAAAGCUUUGGUUGCUUUAUGAAGGAUGAUAAUCUCCUGGCAUUUGCAUCUCUGGACAGGAACGAAGAUAAACUAUCGCUUAACCCGCCUCGCAUCUGCUUACAGGUCGUAGGUGAAGAUAUGUUGGCAGACCUUUUAGUAGCUUUGCAAGGAGGCACGGUUGACUUUUUACUUGUUUCAACCCCUAUUUUCGCCUACGAACCGAUUCUAGAGAGACUUAAGCGGAAGACUGAUGUUGAACUCGACCACGAUAUCCUGGUUCGAUCGAAGGAACCACAGGAGUCACCAAUCAAGCCGGAGGCCAUUAUUGAUGCCUUGGAGGCGUCUUUAGCUACCCCGACUGACUUACGGCAGCUAAUUGAUGCCAAAAAGAACAUCAACCUAGAUCCAUCACAAGUUAAAGCCCUCAUAUACGGGCUACAGUAUCAAACAUGUCAGAUACAAGGUCCACCAGGAACUGGAAAAUCCUUGGUUGGUGCUCUUCUAACGAAGAUCUUACUCGAUAAAACAAAUGAGACGUUGCUAGUUUUAUCAUUUACGAACCAUGCACUUGACCAAUUCAUUGAGGACUUGCUCGACAUUGGGAUCGACCGCAGUGUCAUUGUCCGACUUGGAUCGAAAUUCACUGAUCGAACUGAAUCUCUCACCUUGAAAAAUCAGACAGCCGGCUAUGUUAGGCUAUCGAGGACUCGGCAAGACCUAAUUAACGCCGAGAAAGCCAAGUUGCAGUCAUUGGCUGAAGGAGUAGAAAAGCAUUUCGAUGCCUUUUCGGAAUCACGAAUAUCUUAUAAUGACCUGUUAGAAUUUCUCGAGUUCUCAGAUACAGAGAGUCAUUUCUUUGAUGCACUCGAGGUUCCAGAAGCAGCGGAUGGUGAGACACGUGUUGGAAAGAAGGGUGCCUCGAUGAAACCCGACUAUCUCCUCGAUCUCUGGGUAAAUGGAAAGCAGCCCGGUCCGUUUGCUAAGGAUAAAUCAGAUGCUUCGUCUAAGGAGGUAUGGGCCAUGAAGAAGCCAGAUCGGCAAGCGAAGAUUCAGGAGUGGAAACACGAAAUUCAUCGAGAGAGGAUUUCCACGCUCGCCAAGUGGAUUACUGACUAUAACAAAACCCACAAGAUCCUACAAAGCUUGCGGAAGGAGAAAACAGAGCAAACUCUCCAGAGCAAGCGUAUUAUCUGCUGUACUACUACUGCGGCAUCAAUGUAUGCGCAAGAAAUACAGUCCGCUGCGCCCGGGAUUAUCGUCGUUGAAGAGGCAGGAGAAAUCUUGGAAAGCCACAUCCUCGCGGCUAUGGGUCCUAGCACGAAACAGCUCAUCCAAAUCGGUGAUCACAAGCAGCUUCGGCCGAAGGUGAAGAACUUCAAGCUUACCGUGGAAGCUGGACGCGGGUUUGAUCUCAAUCGGUCGUUGUUUGAGCGGCUCAUAAUUCAGGGGCAACCACACUGCACGCUAUUAAACCAACACAGAAUGAGGCCAGAGAUUUCGGCUUUGAUAAGACACAACUAUCCUGACCUAGAAGACGCAAACGAUACACAAAACCGACCACGGCAUUCAGGAUUUCAAGAUAACGUUGUCUUCAUCAAUCAUAAUAAUCUUGAAGAGAAGCACAAUGUUCUUGUUGACAAGCUUGAUCCCACCGCUGGAUCAAGUAAGCAGAACAUCUUCGAAGCGGAAAUGGUUUUGAAGUGUGUCCGAUACUUGGGACAGCAAAAUUAUAAAACUUCGAAUAUAGUAAUUUUGACUCCAUACCUAGGCCAGCUAUCAUUGCUCAAGAACAAACUCAGCAAGGACCAUGAUCCGAUCUUGAACGACCUUGACUCCCACGACCUUGUCGAAGCCGGGGAAAUACCAGCCGCGAGUGCAGGCGUAAAUAAAACGGCUAUUCGGCUUUCAACUAUAGAUAAUUACCAGGGAGAGGAGAGCGAUAUCGUUGUUGCCUCAUUGACUCGCAGUAAUGAUGAUGGAGAUAUUGGAUUCAUGUGUGCCCCAGAACGGCUCAACGUGCUUGUCUCUAGAGCUCGAAAUGCAUUGAUCAUGAUCGGUAACGCGAGUACCUUCAUGAAUGCUAAGAAGGGACGAGAUGAAUGGAUAAGAUUGUUUGACCAUUUGAAGAGGGAUGGGAGAAUCCAGGAUGGAUUUCCGCUCAGAUGUGAAAAGCACCCAGACACGAAACAUAUUGUUCGUUCGCCUGAUGAAUUUGAGUUUUACUGCCCAGACGGAGGAUGCACUUUGCCAUGCAAUGAGUUGUUAUCUUGCGGCAAGCAUACGUGCUCAAAGCGAUGUCAUCUACGAAUCGAUCAUUCAAAGAUGCCUUGCAACGCCAUCAUCAACGAUGUUUGCUCACAGAAGCAUAAACUGGUAUGGGCUUGUUUUAACAAGACUCCACCCGCCUGUCAGAUUUGCCGUCGAGAGCAGGAAGAGAAGGCUCGAAGAGCCCGCAGGGACAAAGAGCUAGAACUUGAGCGGCAAGCAAAGCAGCUCGCAUACGCUAAGCUGCUAAAAGUCCUCCAAGACGACAUCGAGAAGCAGAGGAAGAUGAUUAAAGAUGCCCAGGAGGAGAGAAUAAAGGAGCAGACUCUACAGCAGCAUCGCCUUGAACUUGCCGAGUUGACAAAACAGGCCCGGAAACCCGUCAUUAACAAUAACAAUCCCGUAUCAGAUACCAACGCUAAGCAACAACCGACUAAGCAUGCAGUCAAGCCCAGCAAAGACGACAACCAGAAUCCCCAACCCAAAAACCCACCUGCCAAUAACAUGCCAGGCCAAUGGCCCACCGAGAAUACGUCUACAUCGAGUACGGAACAUGACGAUGAUAACAACAAUGGCAACAAGAACAAUAGUAACAAGGGUAAUGGGAAUAAUCAUGGUGGCAGCACCAAUGGCGCUAGCAAUGGUGGCGGUAACAAUGGCGGUAAUAACGAUGGUAAAAACGACGGUAAAAACGAUGGUUACAAUAGUGAUCACAAUGAUCACGAUGAUGAUAGCCCCGAUGACAGCACACCUGGAACCCCUCAAGGCCGGCCAUUCCCAUCUAGGGGACCUUCAGCAGCCGAAACAGAUUGGCAGUAUCAGAAGAAGUACGAAAAUGUCUUCAAUGAAGCUCUUGACUCUCUAUUUAAUAUGAUCGGAUUAGAGAGUGUGAAGAAAGAGUUUCUGGCAAUAAAGGCAAGAAUUGAUACUGCCAUUCGCCAGGGGGUAGACACCAAAGAUGAAAGAUUCGGGGCAGCCUUGCUAGGGAAUCCUGGGACAGGCAAAACAACAGUUGCCAGAUUAUACGCCAAGUUCCUAUCUUCCGUUGGAGCGAUUCCUGGUGACCACUUUGAGGAGACUACCGGCUCACGGUUGGCUAAUGACGGAAUACAAGGCUGCCAGGCGCUGAUAGAUAAGAUCCUUGAAAAGGGGGGUGGCGUUUUUUUCCUGGACGAGGCAUACCAAAUUGUGUCUGGGAGCUCUUUUGGUGGCGCUCAGGUGCUCGACUUCCUUCUAGCAGAGAUAGAGAACCUCACGGGCAAGAUUGUAUUCGUCUUCGCCGGCUACCGGAAACAGAUGGAGGGUUUCUUUGCCCACAAUCCAGGCAUCCCUAGCCGUAUCCCCAUUGAGAUGAGUUUCCAGGACUACGAAGAUGAUGAACUGCUCAAAAUCAUGAACUACCAGCUGAUGAAGAAGUACAACGGCCGCAUGCAGGUCGAAGGCGGAUCUGAAGGGUUGUACAUGCGGGUUGCGGCGCGGCGUAUUGGUCGCGGUCGAGGGAGAGAAGGGUUUGGCAACGCCCGGCAGGUGGAGAAUGUACUGACAAUUAUCCUCAGAAGACAGGCAGACCGCCUGCAUCAUGAGAGGCGUCAGGGAAACCGACCGAACGACUUGUUGCUUCAGAAAAUUGAUCUCAUCGGUCCAGAACCGAGCAAGCAAUUUUCUAGUAAUAAAGACUGGCAGAAACUCCAAAGCAUGAUCGGGCUGGGUUCAGUCAAGCAGUCAGUCAUGGUUCUCGUCGACCGCCUACAGACGAAUUACGAGCGAGAGUUGAAAGAACAACCCCCUGUCGAAUGCUCUUUGAAUAAAGUCUUUUUCGGGAACCCCGGAACUGGAAAGACAACAGUUGCGAAGCUCUACGGCAAGAUAUUAGAGGCCCUAGGCCUCUUGAGCAAUGGUGAAGUCGUUAUUAAAAACCCAUCAGACUUUGUCGGCGCGCACCUUGGUCAAUCCGAGAAGAAUACCAAAGCUAUUCUCGAGUCUACGAAAGGGAAGGUUCUUAUUAUCGAUGAAGCCUACAUGCUUGCUGGUGGGAGUUCAGAUUCAGGGGGCACCAGCGAUCCGUAUAAGACGGCAGUCGUGGAUACCAUCGUUGCCGAAGUCCAAAGUACCGCACUCGAAGAUAGAUGUGUCUUGCUACUCGGUUACAAGGAGAUGAUGGAGGAUAUGUUCCAAAAGGUCAAUCCGGGUUUAGCACGACGGUUCCCCAUGUCUUCCGGUUUCAACUUCGAAGACUAUGAUGAUGGUGAACUUCGGCAGAUCCUCGAUCUUAAAUUGAAACAACAGGGAUUCAGGGCCGGAGAACCUGCAAAGAGGGUUGUUAGCGACGUCCUCCGACGUGCGCGUAAUAGACCCAACUUUGGCAAUGCCGGCGAAGUCGACAUCAUCCUCGAUCGGGCUAAAGAUAGUCAACAGAAACGUCUGUCGAUGUCCCCUCAAAAGAAGAACACCGACGUCCUAAUCCCUGAGGAUAUCGACCCCGAGUUCGACAGAAGCGAGCGUGCCGGAACUAAUAUCCGCAUGCUUUUCAAAGAUGUUAUUGGAUGCGAAGAAAUCGUCGAGCAAUUAGAAGGCUACCAGCAAGUCGUCCAGAACAUGAAAGCUAUGGAUAUGGAUCCCUGUUCGCAAAUCCCCUUCGGGUUUCUCUUUCGUGGACCACCAGGAACCGGUAAGACCACGACGGCGAGAAGGAUGGGUAAGGUAUACUAUGAUAUGGGGUUCCUCGCGGAUGCUACUGUAGUGGACUGCUCGGCGACAGAUCUAAUAGGCCAAUACGUUGGCCAUACCGGGCCCAAAGUCCAGAAGAAGUUCGACGAAGCCCUGGGAAGAAUACUCUUCAUCGAUGAGGCCUAUAGGCUUGCCGAAGGUCACUUUGCCAAGGAAGCAAUGGACGAGAUUGUCGAUUGUCUGACCAAGGAACGUUACCACAAUAAACUUGUAGUUAUUCUCGCGGGCUACGACAAUGAUAUUAAUCGACUGAUGAACCAGAACCCCGGCUUGACCAGCAGAUUCCCAGAGACAAUCUCCUUCCCUAACCUUCCGCCACGCCACUGCCGGGACCUUCUGUUGCAAUGCCUACAGAAAAAGAAGCUAAACACAAGUGAUCUAGAGGCAUCGCCUACACUAGACGGCAAACUAUUGAGUCUAUUCGGCACACUUGCGCAGACACCAUCCUGGGGUAACGCUCGCGACGUACAGACACUCGUCAAGUCCAUCUUCUCCAAGAUCAUGAAGUCGAAAACGCCUAAUCCCAGUCGCAUGGUACCCGAGGACACCGUCAUAGACGUCAUCAAAACCAUGCUCGACGAACGCACCAAGCGGGCCAAUACCGCUCCCACCGACCCCUUCCCAUUCCCCUCCCUUCCCCUCCAGCAAGCCUUCCAGGACCCUCCACCCCCGCCAAAGAUCUCAACCGCGACCGCAAUAGACACAGCCCCGCCCCCAGAGAAAAAAGACGAAGAACCCCCCAAGAAAGACAAGGACGGCCCAAGCGGCCCCUCGAACGGCCAAGCCAGCAUCCGCGACGCCGGCGUCUCCGACGCAGUAUGGGAGCAGCUGCAGCGCGACAAAGCCGCCUUCGAGCAGCGGCAGCAAGACCUCGCCAAAGCCAAGCGCGAAGCCGAGGAACUCGAGCGGCAGCUGCGCUUGCAAGCCGAAGCAGCCCAGCGCGAGAAAGACGAGGCGAAGCGCCGCGAGGAACUGCGGAAACUAGAGGAGGCGCGUGUAAGGCACGAGCUGGCGGAACGGGCACGCCGGGAACAAGAAGAGAGGGUGAAGAAGGAGAAGGCGAUGCAGGAGAAGCUUAAGAGGUCGGGGAGGUGUCCGGUGGGCUAUAACUGGAUCCCGCAGGGCGAUGGGUAUAGGUGUGCGGGAGGCUCGCAUUUUAUGUCGAAUAGGCAGUUGGGGAUUUAAGUUGAGUGAAAGGGACGGUGUUUAGGGGGUGUGUGAGUUAGGAGAGUGUGUUGUAGGAGUGCUUUGGGAUGACCCAUAUUUUGAGGGACAGGAGGUGCCCGACAUAGUCAUAUCUAGUUGGAUAUAUGGAUAUGAUGAUGGAUUAUGUAUGGACAUUUGACAUUUGGGAAUUGCAUGCCCCUAAGUUGGUACGUCAGAAGAAUAGGCUCAUGAUGCAUGUGAGCUUUCCUAUUCCUACGGUCAUGGUAGAAGGCAGAUAUUAUAAUACAGUAUGAAAGCAUCUAUACGUUAUAAACAGCUGCCUAACUGGAUCUUAAAGUGAAGAGAGAGAAAACCUAUGUCCAAGUCCUGUCACUGUCAGUGUAAUUUAGCAGGAG